AUUUGGGCCAUAGGCUGCAUUUUUGCGGAACUGCUGACGUCAGAGCCGAUUUUCCACUGUCGACAAGAAGACAUCAAAACGUCGAAUCCUUACCAUCACGACCAACUGGACAGGAUCUUCAGUGUGAUGGGAUUCCCACAGGAACGCGAAUGGGAAGACAUCAAGAAAAUGCCGGAUCAUGACAAGUUGAUGAAGGACUUCAAAAAGGCCAGUUAUCAGAGUUGCUCUCUCAUCAAGUACAUGGACAGGCACAAGAUCAAGCCCGACACGAAGGCCUUCAGCUUGCUCCAGAAGCUCCUCAUGAUGGACCCCAAUAAGAGGAUCACGUCGGAGCAGGCCAUGAUGGAUCUAUAUUUCAAGGAGGAUCCUUUACCUACUGAGGAUGUUUUUGCCGGAUGCACAAUCCCUUAUCCGAAGCGAGAAUUCCUCACGGACGAUGAUGGCCCUGACGAAAAGUCGGAAGCAGCCAAAAGAGCAAAGCAAAAUCAGAGCCAGGCUGGAGGACACAGUGCGCCGCCGACGAGCGAUUCUGUAUCUGCUGCGAAACGUGCAAGCAAGGACACCCUGGACAAGGACAUCCUGGGCAGGGUCACCCAGGCCAGCAGGGCCACCCUGGACAAGGUCAUCCUGUGCAGCAGGGACAUCCAGGCCAGCAACAGGGGCAUCCUGUUCAUAUGCAGCAGCAGUUUCAAAUGA